AUGGUCCAUGAUCUGGACGUCAGGGCGUUUGUGUUUGAGGAGUUUGGGAAAGACGUCCUUAAAGAGAACAAGAUGAGUCCAGAUGGCUUCAUCCAGAUGGCCAUGCAGCUGGCCUACUACAGAAUGUACAAGGAGUGCUGCUCCACGUAUGAGAGCUCGUCCCUGAGGAUGUUCAAGCUGGGCCGAACGGAAACCAUCCGCUCCACCUCCGUGGACUCGUUCGCCUUCGUUAAGGCCAUGGACGACCCAGCCAAACAGACCUCUGACAAAGUGGCCCUACUGGUGAAGGCCAUCAAAUCGCACAGAAUCUUUGCUGACCAGGCUAUCCAUGGGCAGGCCAUUGACCGGCACCUGUUGGGUCUGAAGAUGAUAGCCAUUGAGGACCUCACCUCCCUCCCUGAGCUCUUUAUGGACACGGCCUACGCUGUGGCUAUGCACUACAACCUCUAUACCAGUCAGGUGGGCUCUAAGACGGACUGUGUGAUGUGCCUGGGCCCCAUCGUGCCCGACGGCUACGCCGUCUGCUACAACCCCAUGGCCAGCCACAUCAACCUCUCCAUCACCGCCUUCAACAGCUGCGAGGAGACCAACGCCACCAAGUACGGCCGGUCACUGGAGGAGGCGCUGCAGGACAUGAGGAAGAUGCUGUAGCCGUGGCAACGCCCAGACCCAGCAUCACCUGAGGACCGCGUGGGACGCAUGGCAAAACAGCUGAAUGAGAGAACAGACUCGAAACUACCAGGCCUACCAGAGCAGGGAAACACCCUUUCACACACUCUCACACACACACACACACACACAGAAACACACACAAACACACACACACAUACACACACUUUCAAGCACAAGCGCACACACACACACACACACACACACACACACACACACACACACACACACACAAACAAACACACAAACACACACACAUUUGUCAGGGGGCACUGUAGUCUUGUCCGACUUGGCCAAGAUUUGGUUGUUUCUUAAGUGUCCAACCACGUCCCACGUGACAGAACUGGGUGAUAGGCGGCCAGUCCGUUCCAUUAGGAGGGUGACAUAACAAAGGUUGCCUUGGCGACUAUCUCCCCUAGUGCUCUGACCCACCGUGGCAAGAGAGUAAUGACCAGAGGCUGGGGCAGAGAGCCACACACUCCGAAGUGUGUUUCCCAGAAGUGUGUGUGUGUGUGUCCGAGUGUACCAACAUGGUGUGAGCUGCUGACAUUUGCUUUACACACACACAAACACACAGGACAGCCAAACUCCAGCCACUCAGGUCCUUUAUUUAAAAAACAAAACAAAACAGAAACCUUUUUGUGUUGUAAAAACAACACCCUUUGUUGUGCUUGAACAUAUUUAACGUCUUGUGUUGUCUUAAGAAUGCUAUUUACAGUGUUUGUUUUGGAGUUUUUGCCUGCUGUUUACUGUGUUACGUUUACGGCGUAGUCUUUGACUUUGACUCUGUUUGACCAAGUGCUCCUGUACUGCUCCAGGAGACAUGGCAGUAUAAAGCUCCUUGUGCCUUCGCUGUGGUUUCUUAUAUCAGAGCUUCCAGAGUUCCUACAUGCCGUCUGAAAUGGAAACUUAUUUCAUGAAGAGAAAGAUAUAACAUUUGUAUCACUUUCAAAUAAACAAUUAAACAUCUUAUACUA